AUGCCCACCACAACCACAACCACAACCACCUCCACCUCCUCACCCUCACCCUCACCCUCCCCACCUCCCCGCGCCCCCAUCCCCCUAACCCCCGGCCCCCGCGCCAACCGCCUCCACGACGUCUACGAGAAAUCCCUCAUAUCCGCCCUCAACACCAUCUCCUACCCCGCCUUCUCCUCCUGUUUCCCAAGCAUAUCGCGCAAUGCGCCCGAGGCGCUUCGAGCCGUACACGGCCAGAUGGUAUCGCGACUGCGGGAUUUUGCGAUCGAUGAGUUCAAGAUGAUUUUGGGGGAGCGGAGAGUGGUGGAGCGGUUGAAUGGGUUGGAGGGGGUGAUUGAGGGGGCGAGGAGGAGGAAGGCGAGGGGUGUGGAUGCGGAUGCGGUUGAGGGGGGGAAGGGGGGUGGAGGUGUUGCUCUACACACACUCCCCGCACCCUCCAUCCUAGCCGCGCACCUAACCCUCAUCUACACAACGCAACAAUCGCAACUGAACGCCAAGCUACAAACCACACAAUCGCAAAACGCGAUAUUAGCAGAAGAGAUACGGAAGCAGAGAGAGGAGAUUGAGAGAUUGGUUCAGGGGGUGGAGGCAGUGGUUGAGGAUCUGGAUAGGGCGAAUGGGGUUUUGGAACGGGAGGUGGAUGGGUUGGGGAGGGAAGCUUUGGAGGCUGAGGGGGUGUUGAGGGAGGUGUAG